UUCCCUUCGUUUGUUUACUACAUUAUACAACAGCACCUCUUUUCCUUCAUCUUAAUUUAUCGGCCAAUUUCUUAAAAACCUCAUCAUGAUUCUCGCCACAUUGUCGCGGACAGCGUCAAUAGCUCGUCCCAGCAUCGCCGCUCUCCGAAGUCAAAGGCAACAAUUUCCCCAACUGCGUGCCGUCUCGAUGUUUUCAUUUCUGGACCGCUUCAAGGAAAGCAAAUCCGCUCGCAAAGUGAAACCCAUCGCUGGCCUCCGAAUUUACGAACAAAUUGCCGACCAAAUCGAUUAUCCGAGCUUUUUCCAUCGCUACAACAUGCCAAACACAUAUAAUUCGUGGUUUCUCGUCACGGAGCUGCAUGUCUGGAUGACACUCACGCGAGUCAUGGCAAUCGAGGAUGCGGGCAGGAAACUUCGUUCGGGCGUCGUAGAGACAAUGUGGACCGAUGCGACGCAGCGCGCAAAACGAAUUCAGUCCGAUAAUCCGAGUAUGAUGCGAAAACAACUCAACGUUUUGUCGCAGCAAUUUCAGGCCGCUCUCAUCACGUACGACGACGGAUUGAUGCACGACGACAAAAGUAUGGCGACGUCGUUGUGGGUCCGGUUUUUCGACAAAAAAUGCGAAGAUUACGAGAACUUGUCGGUGCUUGUGGAGUACGUGAGACGACAAAUUCAGAUGUUGGAACGGAUCCCGGACGAGGAAUUUCUGGACAAUCCGAAAAUUGAAUGGGAAAAAAUCACAGAUUUGAAGGUGUCACACAUGAAUUAGGAAAUUUUUAAAUUAAUUAUUAAAUAAAAAAGUGAAUUUCAGUUAA